CAACUGUUUGUUUUUGAUUGGCUGAAAAUUUUCAGAGGAAACUGAAAAUCAUUGAGGUUUAGUUUGGAUUUUACGAGCACAAAAGCUAGUUUUUUUAUGUGUUGAACAGUAACAAUAAGUGUAAUAAAUAAAGAGCAAGAUGGCUCGAGGAGGGUACCGGGUGUUAGCGUUGAGUGCCUUACUGGUGUUAGUGGGAAGUGCAGUGGUUGUGAAGGCGGAAAGUGAAAACUCAGAUGAUGGGAUCUCUGUGGAGGUCGAAGAAGAUGACCAGUACCACAGUCCGACUAUAGACCCGAAGAAAGUGUUCCUCGCAGAGCACUUUGACGAUGAAGCCGCUUUUAAGAAGAAGUGGGUUAAAUCGGAGGCCAAGAAGCAGGGUGUCGAUGAGAACAUUGCCAAAUAUGAUGGGAAAUGGAGUAUCCAAGCACCAACAAAGAAGAUCUUGAAGGAUGACUUGGGCUUGGUGUUGACCACGGAAGCCAAGCACGCGGCCAUAUCUACACUCCUGGACAGGCCAUUUGAGUUCAAAGACAAGCCUCUCGUGGUCCAGUAUGAAGUUACUAUGCAGGAGGGCCAAAACUGCGGCGGCGCCUACAUCAAGCUGCUCUCAAAGGGAACCAACACCAAAGCGGACCUCCGCAAGUUCUACGAUCAGACGGCCUACACCAUCAUGUUUGGGCCCGACAAGUGCGGGAACGACAACAAGCUGCACUUCAUCUUCAGACACAAGAACCCGAGGAAUGGGUCUAUUGAGGAGAAGCACAGCAAGAAGCCCAGCCAACGCUUAGAAGACAUCUACAAAGACAAGGAGCCGCAUCUGUACACUUUGAUCGUGCGCCCAGACAACACCUUCAGCGUGCUCGUCGACGAGAAAGAAGUCAACGCUGGCUCACUCCUGGAGGACUUCACUCCCGCCGUCAACCCGCCCGAGGAGAUCGACGACCCCAGCGACAGCAAGCCUGACGACUGGGAUGAAAGAGAGAAGAUCGUGGACCCCACGGCGUCGAAGCCCGACGACUGGGACGAGACGGCGCCGGCGCAGAUCGUUGACCCCAACGCGGUCAAGCCCGACGGCUGGCUAGACGCUGAGCCCGAGAUGAUUCCUGACCCCGACGCGACCAAGCCUUCUGACUGGGACGAGGACAUGGACGGCGAGUGGGAAGCGCCUCUCAUCGACAACCCUGCUUGCUCGUCUGCACCCGGCUGCGGGCCCUGGCGCCCGCCCACCAUCCCCAACCCUGACUACAAGGGCAUCUGGCGCGCGCCUCUGAUCCCGAACCCAAACUACAAAGGCAAGUGGGUGCCGCGCCGCAUCCCCAACCCGGACUUCUUCCGGGACGAGCAUCCCUUCCGUAUGACGCCUAUCCACGCCGUAGGCUUCGAGCUAUGGUCCAUGUCUCCUAUGCUGCUGUUCGACAACCUACUAGUGACCGAUGACGCGGAAGUCGCUCGCGCGUGGGCGCAGCAAACUUUCCACCUCAAGCGCGCCAAGAUCUCCAGGGACUCGGAUUCGCUGGUGGAGCGCGCACUGCAGUUGGCGGGAGCUAAUCCUUGGUUAUACGCGGUAGCCAUCCUCGGCUCCUUCGCCAUUGUCGGCGUAGUGGCCUACCUCUGCUGCGGACCGAGAUCGGAUUCGGACGCAGACGUUAAAAAGACUGAUGCGAUGAUGGAGGACGAUCCCCACUCCGAAGGGGAAGGGGACGGGGCCGAAGGGGAAGGGGACGCCGAGCCCGAGGAGUUGGAGGAGCAAGAGCAGGCUUCCAGCAAAGCGGACUUGGAAGGACCUGAUACCACUGAGAGCACGCCUUUGGUGGACGCAGAAGGCGCGGGAGACGGCCAACGCAAGCGCAAACCGCGCAAGGAGUGAGCUCCCGCGAGCGUAGGUAUUCAUCACAUCAGUUCUGUCCACCACUCUUGUUCCCAAUCUCUGUUAGUGUUGCCGAACUAUCGAUAGUUUUAAUUCGAAAAAGCCUUCUCCAUCGAUAGGCCUAUCGAUAGUAUCGAUAGCUUUUUAUUUAAAAGCGACGAUACUAUCGAUAGUAUCGAUACUAUCGAUAGUUUAUUCUUCACGAGCAACAAUACUAUCGAUAGUAUCGAUAGUAUUGCACAUAUUCAAUAGUAUUGCCUCGUUUUGAGUUAUCGACAGUAUCGAUACUAUCGAUAGGCCAAUCGAUAGUCUUGCGAUAGUUUGGCUAUCGAUAGUCGACUAUCAAUCGGCAACAAUAAUCGCUGUAGAAUUUGAUAGUUGACACCACCAUUCUGUUAACACUUGUUUAGAAUCUAACGCCCGUAUUCACAAACAUUACUAUGAUUUUAAACUUUCGCGUUCCAUUUCAAUUAAAAUAGUAAGACACAGGUAUUAACGCGACGUUUAUUAAUGAGUUACAUUAUGUACUCACGGCUUGAUGUUUCUCGAUGGCUCGAUUUUAACGUUACUAUGAGGUCUCACAGAGCGUGUGGAGGCACAGGGUGACACACGAACCGAUCACAACUCUAUUCAACGCUCUGCGUUCGAUUUGCUGCUUCACUUAAGUAAGCAUCGUUUGUAAAUACGGGCGUUAGAUACAGGUGACAUUGGCGAAAUCGCGUUUUCCACAACAUUCACAAGUAAAUGUAAAAACGAUUUUGUUAUUAUUUCUAUUGUUGUGGUUUUCAAGCCUAGAAUUUUGUGUGCAAGAAGACAUCUAUGAAAUGAAACUUUUGGUUGAUGGUGUCAACUACCGAUUGUCCGAUUUAAAUUCAUAUCUCGAUGUUUUUAUUUAUGUCGAUACAGUAAAUUAAAAUUAUUUAUUUGUACCUGUUUAUGUUACUAAUUUGUUUGUGAUAGCCUUAUUUCUGAUUCUACACUUACAAUCUUAUUGUAUUUCCUUUAUUUAUUAAUUUACAGUAUAGACAUAAAUAAAAUACAUUUGUUUAAAUUACCUACGAUAUUCCUACAUCGAACAUAGUCGAUUGUAAACCAAUUCGACUAAAAUAUGUAGAUAACAGUAUGCUUUGUGUGUUGUGGAAUAUUUGCGAUUUUAAUACACACUGAACAAUAUACAUAACAUUAAGUGGACAGAACAUUCCAUUAUCUAAGUAUUCAUUUCUUCAAGUAUUAUCCCACGUGAAAUGUGCCUUUAGCACGGCUACAACUACAAGUAAUAAGCAUUUCUAUGUCGUGAAGUUCUUUAUCUAUACAAUCAGGUAUACAUCAGUUUUAGAUACGUGGGUGUUUGGCUACUUGAAAGCUUCGAUAUAAAUCUAGUUUCUACCAAAGAGCUCACUGACUCGUUAACAAAACCCGUAGGUGACCGUUGGGAUCAAAUAUAAAUACACAACUUGGCCGGUACACUGCCGGGCACACGUAUGUCAUUAGCUAAUUUAAAUGUUACGAAGCUUGAUGUGAUUUAAGACAUACUGAUUUACACCAUUAUGGAUCUUGACCGAACCAUAGUAAGGUCUAAAGUUCCACUCACAAACAAUGAUAGAAAUUCCAAUAUUUAUAUUUCUACAUUAAAUACAAAGUCCAUAAUGAUAUUAGAUUGUCCCCGAGUUCUACGGGUCAUAAAUGUGAACAAAAUUGUAAAUGUGCUUAUUAACAUUUUUUUAAGCAUUGAGGACCGGAUGUAAGAUAUCUUUGCGAUCUUAAAUUUUAAGCGAUUGACGAAUAAAUAUUUAUAAUUAAUUAGCCCGCAUUUUGGACUCGCAUUUCAAACUGUAAGCAGCUAUGUUUAAUUAUUUUCUAAGUAGCCCUUUUAUCAAAUUACUUGAUACGUUUAUGUUAAUUAUAAUGUAAUACAGUGAAGUUUGAAAUGCGAGCACCAAAAUUAAGCUUUAAACUAUGUAUUUAUUAUUGUAUAAAUGUAGUUAAUACAUUUGUUCUCGUAUGUGUCACGAUAAUGGGUCAUGCUCCUUUUGUACUUAUUGUAAACAAGGUUUUAUCGCAAAUAUAAUGUAUUUAAGCAUCUACACUUCAUUGUAAAUAAUGAGAUGUUGCUUUUCAUAUAGGUACUUCAAUCCUUUAAUUUUUAAAUUGAUCGUUUUGUGUGUUGUCUUGUCUUUUAGAAACCAUUGUGAAGGAUUAAAAUUAUUAUGUAUAGUUUUCAGAUAAAAAAAACUGUAUAGUCAGCUGCACAGAAAUAAAUUAACUUGUAUGUAGACAUUGUAAUUUAUUACAAGCAGAUAAGGUUCAUUAUAGAAAUAUACGUAUUCCUGUGCAGAUGAGUGUACAGAACAAUAUCAUAGCGUAGCUCAGAGCAUGACCCAGGGUGGCGUUAUGUAAUAAGCGCCCGCGCGCCGUAGAUUAAAUAAUAUAUUGUUUGUCUCGAUGCAUUUUAUUUUCGUCCGUAAGCGUUGUGUGUGAUAGGUACAAGUAAUGGACUGUAAUUUACAUGAAUAAACUAAAUGGUUUCUA